AAUAGUUGUUUCUCAAAACUGGACAGACACCAGCCCUCUUUGUAUAGGAACCAGGGAUAGACUGCGUGAACUACAAGUACGAAGUUGUUAUGAAAGGCUUCCAUUCUUUUGCUACAAAGAGGCUGAUGUCUUGAGUUUUCGACUUGGACUCAAUAUUUGUCCCUCUGGAUGGGUCGGUUCUGCAGAUGUGAAGUCGUGCUAUCUGAUGAUGAGCGCAGAUUCAGCUGUGUCACAACCAGACGCAUUUCAAUACUGUAAUCAAAAUGGCGGCCAACUACUUCAAUUAAAUUUCCUUACAGAUGGGCAAUUGGCUGUGAGAAUUUUAGGACAUUAUAGAUUAAUCAAUACAUCAGUGUGGUUUGAAGAGACUGCUGGAACUAUUUCCUGUUCGAGCUUAUAUCUCGAUGAAAAUAUGAUUCUAACUAGUUCAAGCAACUGUAAACAGACAGCUCGAUUCGUCUGUCAAACCAACAGAAAAGAUACCAAGUAUUCAUCUGAGGAUGUUCAAAUUGCAUUCCAAAAACCAAAAGUCUUAAUCAAUCAGACUCUACCUUAUGUUGGAGGCGAAGUAUCAUGCACAUUUCCAAGUCCUCACUUGGAGUUUGACAAUUAUACUAUGUACAAGGGAGGCUACAUAGUCAAACAGCUAAAUGAAUCAGAGUCCAGCUACUCUGUGUCCAUCAUGAACUGGAAUCUAGAAGACAACAGUGAUACGUCGUUUUUAGCCUCAGCAGCUAAUGAUGUAGAUAUAUACCGGUGUGAACUUCAGAGAAAAGGCUCCGCGUAUGUAGUUUCCAAGGACGUUUACGCAAUUCCAAAUGAUGACCGAGUGUCCAUUUUUCACGCGAGUGUUCGAUUAUAUGUUCCCAUGAAUACAUCGUCCGCUCUACGGGCUACUUACAACUUGGGAGGAAGCUUACAAGAUGCUUUACGAAGAGAUAUUGAAAGCCGAUUUUACUUCAUCUGGGCUUCCUUAUUUCCUUCACGUGACAGUGCUUUAAGACUAAUACGAAUCAAAAAUGUUUCAUUGAAGAGUGGAAAAACGGCUAAUUUUCUGAUAUCAUUUGUAACUCCGUCAAUUGGUUGGAAGACAGCAGAAGGGAUAGGAGAACUUUUGAAAAAUAUCACAAGAGAAGCUUCCACACCAAUCCGGGAAAGUAGGCGGAAACGGCAACAGAGAUAUGUGGACUUUGGGACUUUGGAAAUUAGAAGUGAAGAGUUUUGUACCCUUGGAUAUAGCCCUGACUUUCAAUCCACGUUUGCCUUUAAAGCGGUCGGGAAUGGAUCAACAACUUAUUCAGAAAAGCUGUGCAUAACUGACUCUAAGCCCCUGUUGACGGGACUCUGUUACACUAAGACCGCUGUCCCUGCUGAAAUAAGACAAAUGACCGUGAAUCCUAACUGUAGAUUUCUGUUGGAUCCGGCAUUCUCCGAUAUGACACCCUUAAAAAAUUUAUCAGAGAUUUCAGCAAACAUAAGCAACUUAGAGAACAUAGCUUUAGACGUAUCCAAUCUAACUGCCAAUUCCUCGGCGCUAACUGUCCAAGAUGUCGUCUACACAUCAAUCAUACUACAGAACGUAGCCAGCAUCCCGACGAUAUCUCAAAAGAUCAUGAAUACUGUAUUAAACACGUUUUCGAAUAUAUUAGAAGCCCCUGGGGAUGUAUUAACAGCGGCCCACGACAAAGGAAGUAGCACAACAAGAAUAUUAGAAAGUGUUGAGACCAUAUUAAGAAAUGUCACACUCAAUGGAACGAUUUAUCGGAACUUUCAGAGAGGUUAUGCAGUAUCUGUGGUGGAUAUAUCAGCUGAUGAACCUCCCGUAAUAGGGAUUCAGCUAGAAGAUACAGAUGAAAACACUGCUCUUUCCAAUGAAACUGUUGAUCUGGUUACCAAUCAAACAGAUAUAGCGGCCAAUAUAACAAACACAGGGAUUGCCCUUCCUGUAGCCGCCAUUCAGGGGAAAACAACCAGGGUCGUCUUAUCAAUCUACGAAAAUACAAACCUCUUUCAAGUGAAGGCAGCCAAUAGUCGAUACCAGUUAAAUGGAAAAGUAGCAUCAGCAACUCUUAUAACAAACGGACAAGUUGUCACAGAUCUCGGGGGACGAUUUGUCACGUCUGUGUAUAAACCUGACAAUGAUACAGCUGACUCGGUGUGUGGGUUUUGGAACCACUCUUUUUACGAUACUUCUGGUGGAUGGUCGACAAAAGGCUGUCAGAGAAUAGGAGAGAAAAACGGACGAAUCGUGUGUCAGUGUGACCACCUCACCAAUUUUGCCAUUCUUCUGGACGUCAAAGGUCAGUCUGACGUGAUUGACAGCGGUAACACACUGGCGCUUUCUGUGAUCACUGUCAUUGGACUCAGUCUAUCAAUCUUAGGACUCGGACUGACUGUCUUAUCCUUCAUCCUGUUCAAGACGCUUCGAAAAGGAAGAGGACAACAGACCUUAUUCAACCUGGCUUUGGCUUUACUGUGUUCAAUGAUCAUAUUUUUGGUGGGAAUGGAUCGUACAGAGAGUUACUAUGGUUGUAUUACUGUAGCGGCGCUGAUGCAUUAUUUCCUGUUGGUGUCCUUUAUGUGGAUGUUGGUAGAGGGAUUCCUUCAGUAUCUGAGAUUUGUACGUGUGUUAGGUACUUACAUACCUAGGUUUAUACUGAAGGCAGCCAUUCCAGCAUGGGGUUUACCUUUGCUUCCUGUUAUCAUUGUACUUGCAAUUGAUUACGAUUUAUAUAAGGGAGGCAACCACUAUUGCUGGAUGUCGAGGUCCCCAUUCUAUUUCGCCUUCCUGAUUCCAGUAGUUCUAAUAAUUCUACUGAACUGUAUCAUUUUUGCUGUGGUUUUGAAAAACCUGCUCAAUCGUCCUAAAGGCCUGCAGUCAAAUCAGUCUGAAUCCAAAAUGGCCAUGAUGAAUUUGAGGGCAGCUGUAUCAAUAUUCAUUCUUUUAGGACUGACCUGGAUAUUUGGUAUUUUGGCAAUAGAAGAUGCCAGGGUUGUGUUCGCCUACAUAUUUACAAUCUUAACGACUUUUCAGGGAUUCUUCAUCUUCAUUCUGUUUGUUGCCAGGGAGAAACAAUUUAGAAAUCUGUGGAAAAAAAUAUGUUGCCAACAUUGUAUUGAAAACAAGCAAAAGAAAUAUAAACAAACAAGUUCUAGUGAAGGAACAGGUCAUGGUCAAGCACCAUUAAAGAUCCGGGAUGCUAACUACAAUAGCCAAACAGAAUCCACGGAUUUUUCUCUAACAUGAAAAAAAGCCCACUAAGAGUUGUUUUCAAGUUUUUGUGACUUGUUAAUUAUUUGUUCACUUUUUUGAUAAUUUAGUUGCAUUUAUUUAGUUGUUUAAUUGAAUGAUUUUUUGUUCACUUUUUUGAUAAUUUAGUUGCAUUUAUUUAGUUGUUUAAUUGAAUGAUUUUUUUUUCAGUGUAAAUAUUUCUCUAUUUUUUUUCACGUUCUAAUUUUUUUGUGUUCAACAUAAGUCGAUAGAUUUGAUAACCUUGUUGUGAAUUGGGUUUUAUCAUUACCUCAUUGUCUUGGAGGAAGAUUUUUUUCCUGGAUAAAAAGGCAUACUUGCUAUGAAAACUACCUCUCAAAGACCAAAAAAAAAA